UGAGUGGUGGAGGUGUGGAAGGAUUUACGAUGGUCUCGGGUCACAAGUCCUCAGGGACGAUGAGACGCAGCGCUGACCACAGCCGUGCAGAAUCACUCCCGUUGGCAAGGUUGGAGUUUUCAGUUUGACUUUACUUUCUUUCUUUCUCGUGGGUCCUUCCAGCAGAAAUGGGCAACGGCAUCAACAAGGUCCUGCCGGACUUGUACCUCGGCAACCUCAAAGACGCCCGGGACCCGGAGCUGCUGCAGCAGAACCACAUCACCCACAUCCUGUCCAUCCACGACACGGCUGCACCGGUGCUGGAGGACAUGACGUACCUCUGCAUCUCCGCCUCUGACCACUCAAAGCAAAACCUGACGCAGCACUUCAGGGACGCCAUCAUGUUCAUCCACGAGGCCCGUCUGAAGGGCGAAGGCGUCCUGGUUCACUGCGUGGCGGGCGUGUCCCGCUCCGUCACCCUGGUGGUGGCCUACAUCAUGACGGCCACGGGCCGCGGCUGGGUGGAGGCCCUGGCGGCGGUGAGGGCGGCCCGGCCCUGCGCCGGCCCCAACCUGGGCUUCCUGCGGCAGCUGGAGGACUUCGAGAACAUGGAGCUGGCCGAGUACCGGUCCUGGUGGACUCAGCGCUACGGGACGAGCUCCUUCAACGAUGACGAGGAGGUCCAGAACCUGCUGACCCGGAAGUCCUCCGGCGGGGCCCCGGCGGGCGGCAUCGCCCCCAACGUGGCCUCCAGCGGCACCUGAAGGGCCGCCCGGGGGCCCGCGGCCGAGGCCCGGUGGCCCAGUAGCCCGGUGGCCGAGGCCCGGUGGCCCGGCGGACGUGCGUUUGACACCAACCUAAUGAAGGGCUGGUACCGUGAGGCCGGUCCUCACCAGGGGGUUUUCUCUCGGGUCACCAGGUCUCUCAUCUCGUCCUCGGCUGAAACUGUCACAACGACUCGCUCGGGCGGCCAAGCGCGACGCCAGUGAGUGAACACAUGAACAGUCCUCGGAGGAGCUUCGGUGGCCCCCCCUCCCUCGGUGGCCCCCCCUCCCUCGGUCGUGUCCUGCAGCAGAAACACCAGCGGGACUUUCUGGAUACUCAAGUGUGGAAACUUCACUGAACUGUUUCUCAGUAAAACCGUAUCAGAAACUCUGCUGAGUUACUGUCCUAAUAUUCCCCCUUAUACCACGGUCUGUGUGAAUACUGGAUUCUGAUUGGCUGGCAGGUUGAGGUUAAAAGUGAUAACCUCCACCUAGAACACAAGUUUGGUCAAAUUGCCUGGUAACUUUAAUAUAAUUACUGGAUCAACUGCCAGGUGGUAACCACGGCAACGGAGAUUCAGAGAAGAGCCGGCUACUGCAGGACGGAGACAUAAGUAAUUUUGUCAUUUCUCUUAAUUUAUUUUGGUGAAUUUAACAAUUUUGAUGACUGGGAUGCAGAAGAGGAGAGAAAA